UCCCUCUGUUGGCUAGAUUCCUGUGAGGGCUGGACAGCAUCCAGGGGUAAACCUCAGAGCUCUUCAUACACAGCUCGCUCUCUGUGGUAGUCACACAGCACACUUGGACUUCCAAGUAGCAAAGACGGAGCUGUACAUGUCUGUGUACGCUUGCCGUGCCUGGUGGAGAGGGAAGCUCUUCACUGGUCUCCACUCUGCCACUGGAAAUCUCUUUUUCUCAAAGGAGCUGGUGGAGAAGGCUGGGGCUGCAACUCUGUGGCAGAGUACUUGCUUGGCACAUGCAAGACCUCUGGUUCAACCCUUAGGACUGUACCCAAAAAGUGCUUAGUUUGAAGUGUCCUGUGUGCCCACAGCCAUGGGUCAGUCUUCUUCUAACCCCGAUGCAAAGGCUCACAAUAUGGCCUUCAGCUUUGAGGCAUUCUUCAAGAAUUUCAAGUUGGAAAGUAAGAUCAUUUCUGAGCAGACUAUCAAUUCAAUUCAGUCGAAUGUGCAAAAAGGAGACAUACAGCAGGUGAUUUCUAUAAUCGACACUGCCUUGGCAGACAUUGAGAAAGCUCCCCUGAACAUUGCUGUGACAGGGCAGACAGGGGCAGGAAAGUCCACGAUCAUUAAUGCCCUUCGGGGAGUGGGACAUGAGGAGAAUGGGGCAGCUCAGACUGGAGCAGUAGAGACAACCAAGUCUAGGAAGGAAUACAUCCACCCUAAGUUCCCUAACGUGACUAUCUGGGAUCUCCCUGGGGUCGGCACAAGUAAUUUCAAACCAGAAGACUAUCUGAAGAAAAUGCAGUUCCAGGAAUAUGACUUUUUUCUCAUCAUCUCAGCUACUCGAUUUUCAGAGAAUGAUGCCCAGUUGGCCAAAGCAAUCAGAAAAAUGACAAAGAAGUUCUAUUUUGUUCGGACUAAAAUUGACAGUGAUUUGUGGAAUGAGAAGAAGUGUAAACCCAAGUCCUACAAUAGGGAAAAAAUCCUGGAGCAUAUCCGAAAUGACUGUGUGGUGAACCUGCAGAAUGCCAACGUACCUUCUACUCGUGUCUUCUUGGUCUCCAGCAUUGAGGUAGCACAGUUUGAUUUUCCUAAGCUUGAGUCCACCCUUUUGACAGAGCUGCCGGCACAUAAGCGUCACAUCUUCAUGCAGUGCCUCCCUAACAUUACCGAGACUGCUAUUGAUCGCAGGAGAGAUGCCCUGAGACAGACCAUCUGGCUGGAGGCUCUGAAGGCUGGAGCAGCGGCCACCAUCCCUAUGAUGUCAUUCUUCAGCGACGACAUUGAGGAACUUGAGAAGACCCUGACCCACUACAGGGCUUCCUUUGGGCUGGAUGACGAGUCUCUGGAAAACAUGGCCAGGGAGUGGUCCAUGUCUGUAGAGGAACUGAAGUCCACCAUUAACUCACCCCAUUUGCUGUCAAGUGAGCCGAAUGAAUCCGUGGCAAACAAGCUGGUAAAAAUCAUGGAGAAAGUUUUUGCUGUCACUGGUGGAUUCGUGGCCACUGGCCUUUACUUUAGAAAGAAUUACUAUAUGCAAAAUUAUUUUCUUGACACAGUGACCGAGGAUGCUAAAGUUCUACUUAAGAAAAAAGUCUAUUUGCAGGAGAGUGUGGACUCUGAAUAAGGUUCUAAAGAUUGAGAGAGUGAGGCAGCUGGUGUGGGACUCAGGUGACUGUAGUGUUUUCAGGACGCUGGAGAGACGGCUGAGGGUGUUCCCGAGGCACCCUGGCCAGGCUGUGAUAUCUCUUAGGCUUUGUGACCCUUGGGAAAAUAAAGGGAUCAGAAUUAUGCCACAUGGUGGUUAUGUCACUCCCAACAAGAGUCUUGUACAAUGUGCUGGUACAACCUUUCUGGGCACAGAGUUUUCAGAAGUGACUUUGUUUUUAGACAGGAUCUUACUGUGGUUCUCCUGGAUCUCCUUCUCGACAGAAGUAGACCAGGCUGGCCUCGAACUCACACAGAAAUCCUUCUCCCUCUGCCUCUUGAAUUCUCGGAUUACAGGUAUACACUACCACACCUGGAAGAAAUUAUUAUUUUUUUAAUAAAAUACAUCUAUCUACCACA